AUGUCGUCCUCGAAUCCGGCCCUGGAGCCGUCGGAACCACCGCGACAGCAUGACUCGACCAUCAUUGUAGACAAAGCUGUCUCCCUCACAUUAAGCAGCGAUUCUCUCCUAAUUGUCGAUGAUCGAUCUCACCACAAAUCCGCCCGUGGGUGCUGUGCGCCAUUCAAGUCGAGCACUCAAAGCGAAUCCACCGUGGCAAUCUCUUUGUACAAUAUCCUGGACGCCGAAAUCAAUCCGACGAGCCUCGUGAUCACGUAUGCGCAACAUUCACACAAGGACAACGUGACCGUGACGGCACUCCGAUACGCGAUCGGAGAGACGGAAAAGCCCGCCAUUGAAGCUUGGAUGACCCGAUUACUGGAUCUCGCCUACGGGUCCGCACAGCGACGCAAGCGAUUGAAGGUCCUGAUCAACCCUCAUGGGGGCAAGGGCAACGCCGCCAGUCUGUAUCAUAAAUACGGGGCGCCGAUCCUCGCUGCUGCUCGGUGUCACUUGGACGUUCAGACGACCGAAUACAACGGCCAUGCCAUCAAGAUCGCGGAGGAGCUCGAUCUCGACGCCUACGACGCGGUAGUUUGUUGCUCUGGAGACGGCUUGCCAUAUGAAGUGUUCAAUGGGCUGGGCAAACGAUCCAAUGGCCGUGAGGCGCUCGCUCGAGUAGCAGUCGCUUUGCUGCCAUGCGGCUCUGGAAAUGGGCUGACGUGGAACUGUUUCGGCACGGGCAGUAAUUCCAUCGCUGCGUUGGGCAUCGUCAAAGGGUUGAGAACACCCAUCGACUUGGUUUCGGUCACCCAAAAGGACUCCCGGACUCUGUCCUUCCUCUCGCAAUCAUUUGGAAUCGUGGCCGAGUCCGAUCUGGCCACCGAGCAUAUUCGCUGGAUGGGCGCUCAACGAUUUACCUACGGCUUCCUCGUUCGACUUCUCCGACGUACAGUGUGGCCUUGUGAUUUGGCCGUCAAGGUUGUCCUGGAUGACAAACAGGCCAUCAAGGAACACUAUAAGUCUUUUAGUCUCAAAGAGGACGAAGACGCCGAUUCAUUGACGGAUCGGAGCCGCAUCGAUGCUGCGCACAAGUCACCGGGUCUCCCAAAGCUCCAGUUUGGCACCGUUCAGGAUGAGCUCCCCGGAGACUGGGAGGUGGUCUCGGGCGAAACGAUGGGCAACUUCUAUGCCGGUAAUAUGGCUAUCAUGUCCAAGGAUGCCAACUUUUUCCCCGCAUCUCUCCCCAACGAUGGACUGAUGGAUGUUGUCACAAUUGACGGCAAUGUCAGUCGGUCGACCUCACUCAAGAUGAUGACUGAGAUCGAAACGGGCGGGUUCUUUGACAUGCCCGAGGUCCAUAUUCGAAAGGCCCUUGCCUAUCGUCUCGUUCCCCAUCAAAAGGAAGGAUACAUUAGCGUCGAUGGAGAACGGAUCCCUUUUGAAGCACUGCAGUGUGAAGUGCACCAGGGCUUGGGUACGGUCCUUUCGAAAUCAAAACGUGUAUAUCAAGCCGAAGGGCCGAAAUGA